GUGGACAAUGUGGCCGUGAUGAUGGGAGUGCUGGAUUUUAUGAUAGUGUCCCUCGUUUGCUGUGCUAACACGUCCGCAACAAAUCUGCUAAGGAGAGGUCCCUACUAAUGAGUAUGCUCCUUGUGCAUGCAAAAACCCUGGGACACUGGAAGUCUUAAUCCUGGGAGAUCUUACACACCAAGGAACCUCUCUGGUGCAAAUAUGUAACCUUCCAUGUGGAGAAAAUGGGGUGUUUGUGUACUGUUAGCUGAAGGCAGGUAAGGAGAACAUCCUUACUCUGGGCAAUGAUGUAUAAGUGUUCCUUGAAGAGACCAGAUGUUCAGUGAAUUCUUGGGUAUGAGGAAAUGUUAAUGAGUUCAUCCAGAGCUUUUACUGUGUUCAGCUCGUUUGCAGAGAAUGAAGAUGCCCUUUUGCGGCACUUGUUUCGGGGGUAUCAGAAGUGGAUCCGACCAGUGAAACAUUCCAACGAUACCAUAAGGGUGUACUUUGGAUUAAAGAUAUCUCAACUAGUAGAUGUGGAUGAAAAGAACCAGCUGAUGACAACUAACGUAUGGCUGAAACAGGAAUGGAUUGACCACAAAUUGUGCUGGAAUCCAGAAGACUACGGUGGGAUCACAGCGAUUCGGGUCCCAUCUGAAUCUCUCUGGCUUCCUGAUAUUGUUUUAUUUGAAAAUGCUGAUGGGCGCUUUGAAGGUUCCCUGAUGACAAAAGCAAUUGUCAGAUACAAUGGGAUCGUCGUCUGGACACCUCCAGCCAGUUACAAAAGUUCCUGCACUAUGGAUGUGACCUUCUUCCCAUUCGAUAGGCAGAAUUGUUCAAUGAAAUUUGGAUCGUGGACUUACGAUGGCAGCAUGGUUGAUUUAAUCCUAGUAGAUGAAAAUGUGGACAGGACAGAUUUUUUUGAUAAUGGGGAAUGGGAAAUCUUAAAUGCUAAGGGAAUGAAGGGAAACCGAAAAGAUGGAUUGUAUUCCUACCCUUUCAUAACCUAUUCUUUUGUUCUGAGACGGCUCCCCCUGUUUUACACUCUUUUCUUAAUAAUCCCGUGCCUGGGAUUGUCUUUUUUAACUGUGCUGGUUUUUUACUUGCCCUCGGAUGAAGGAGAGAAGCUCUCGCUGUCGACUUCUGUUUUGGUCUCCCUUACUGUUUUUCUCUUAGUCAUUGAAGAAAUCAUCCCUUCCUCCUCCAAAGUAAUCCCUUUGAUUGGGGAAUAUUUGUUGUUCAUCAUGAUUUUUGUUACCUUGUCUAUCAUUGUGACUGUUUUUGUCAUCAACGUACAUCACCGCUCUUCGACCACCUACCAUCCAAUGGCCCCUUGGGUGAAAAGACUCUUCCUUCAGAAACUCCCCAGGCUGCUCUGCAUGAAGGGCCACAUUGACCGCUACUCAUUCUCUGAUCCUGAAGAAACCUUGAAACAAAAGCUGACAAGAAAACAUAAACACAAACAGUUCAAAGACGGAGAAAAAGUAGUGAUUGCGUUCUUGGAAAAGGCCGCCGAUUCCAUCAAGUAUAUCUCCAGGCAUGUUAAAAAGGAGCACUUCAUUAGGCAGGUGGUGCAGGACUGGAAGUUUGUAGCUCAGGUCCUUGACCGCAUCUUCUUAUGGUUAUUUUUGGUGGUGUCUGUGACCGGCUCUGUUCUUAUAUUUACCCCUGCUUUAAAGAUGUGGCUGCACAGUGGUUUGUAGAAAUAACACCCAGCCUCUUUUGGUGACAGCAAAAUGGUGGAACAGAUAUUCAAUGUGCACUGUCUCAAUAGGUAUAUAGACAGCUCAACAUAUCAUGCUGCUGGUGGCAACCUUUGUUGAUACUAGUAUACCUGGAUCAAGCUUUAAGGCUGAAUCCUGUGCCCAUUUUCCUGGGGCAAACAGUAUUCAGCUCACUGGGAUUUACUUCUAGGUAAACAUGUAUAGGAUUGUACAAAUAACGAUGUCCAGUAUCUUUUAUAUACACAGACCUUGAUCUGCUAACUCAGAUGCAGUAGAAAAAGACAUGUUAAAUCUGUAGACUAAAUCCAAAAUCAGUCCCAAGCGGAAUAGACGUAAUGAAGCAUUGUUUAUAAGUAGGGGAAGGAUUUCUAUGACAUUUCACAUUUUCUCUGCAACCUACAUUUGAAGCCAUAAGCAAGUUCAAACAUGUUUAUGAGUAAACUGGCCUUUCUUACCAGAUAACUCAUAAAUAUGCUCAAAGCAACCAAUUGGCUCAAA